ACCAGACACUGUCAGUGGCAGUCUCUUCGUGACCACGGCCGAUAUAACCUGGUCGAAGCGUCGACAUAACUCCGGCAAAUUAUCGUAGUUUACCUUAUCGCGUUAAUUCCCGUUGUUUAUGAAACAUAUUUUAAAAUAAAACACGACAUCUACGAUAUGUAAAACUAGAUUAUGCUCUUUAAAAAGGUGAAUUAAUCGCGGCCGAUUUAAAAGAUGUUACGAUUGGACCUGGUUAUCUUUGGUGCGACGGGCUUCACAGGCAGGAAGGCCGCGGAGGAGGUGGUCCGUGGUGGAAAGUACUACGAUGACCUCUUGUGGGGGGUGGCCGGUCGCUCGAGAGAUAAACUCGAGGCGCUGAUUAAAGAACUCACCAAGUUAACAGGUCGUGACCUGUCGAACGUGAGGAUCAUAGUGGCUGAUGUUAAGGAUGAGCCAUCAUUGAAGGCGAUGUGCGCGCAGACCAAAAUACUGGUGAACUGCUGCGGACCUUAUCAAUUUUAUGGUGAGCCGGUGGUACGGGCCGCCAUCCAGGCGAAGAGCAAUUAUGUGGAUAUUACUGCAGAACCUCAGUUUGCGGAGAAGAUGCAAUUAUUAUACGACGAGCAGGCUCGUGCGGCGGGGAUAUACAUAGUUACGACCUGCGGCUUCGACUGCAUCCCCAACGAUAUGGGAGUCGAGUUCCUGAAGCAGCACUUUGACGGAGUCCUGAACUCUGUAGAGUCUUACGUCAGUGUCAGUUUACCAUCAGAAUUGAAUUUGGAAGCAGUAAGGAGUGGCAUCGUCAACUUCGGAACUUGGGAGUCGAUAGUCAAUAUACAGACUAAUAGACACGAGCUGGCAACUCUUCGCAAUAAAUUGUAUCCAGAUACAAUGCCUGAAUACAAACCCAAAUUGAAAAGCAGGGGCGCGAUACACAAGCGGGACGGACGGUACUGCAUACCGUUCACUGUCUCCGCUGACCACUCGGUGGUGAACCGUACGCAGCGUGAACUUUACCGCGAUGGUCACCGCCCAGUACAGUUUCGGGCUUACUUCAAAUUUUCAAAUUUCCUGUUUACGCUGUUGCUGGCAUUCGCUCAGAUGAUGUUAAUUCUAAUGACAAAGGCCAAGUUUACUACGCAACUUUUAUUGACACAUCCACGGCUCUUCACACUAGGAAUGGUCAGCAGGAAAGGCCCUAAGGAGCAAGUUAUGAACAAUAUGCACUUCAAAUUCGAGCUGGUCGGCAGGGGAUGGGAGAAAGGGGCUGAUAUUGAGUCUGCACCACCCAAUAAGACAUUAAAAGCGAGGGUGUCGGGCUUGAACCCCGGGUACGGUGCCACAGUGGUGGCCCUUAUACACUGCGGCCUCACCAUGCUGCGGGAACAGGACAAGAUGCCCGGCACCGGCGGCGUGAUGACGACAGCCCUAGCGUUCAGCAACACGAGCCUCAUCCAACGUCUCAACGAGAACAACUUCAAAUUUGAAAUCAUUGACAAUAGUUGAUUUCGUUAUGUGUAUGCUUAGUUAUUGCGAGUUUCUAAUCUGCCUCGUUGGAGUUGGUAUUUUACCAUAAAACACUUUUUUAUCAUUUGGAAUGACAAAUAAUUUAAGACUGUGUAGAACACACUUCUUCAGAGAAAAGAGACAAACUUCAAUCCGCGCAAAAUCAAUUAAUUUUAUUUAAAAAUUAAAUUAUAGAGGCGAUUUCGAUAAAAGAGAAUGGGGCAAUCUGAAAAUAUCGUCAUAGUCGUAGAAUACUGACGGAUCUAUAUAUGUAAUAUUCGUCAGAUCCGUCAGUAUUCUACGACUAUGACGAUAUGUCCGAUGACAAGAUAAACGAUAAUGUUCCAAAUUGAUUUAUAAAUGACGGAGUUAUGAGAUAACAAACAUAAAAAAGACAAUUGAAUUAUAAACUUUCCUUUUAUAAGUUGGUUGAUAUUAAACACUCAGAAACUAUUGCCUAGUAUAGUAUUACAUUAUAUAGAUAGAGCCUCGAGCCUCAAAAACGGAUCAACUUUCUGUCAGUUAAUUGUCAAAUUAGCUGACUUUUAUUUUUUUUAUUGGUGCUCUAUAUUCUCACACUUUCACCGUAUCCUGACGUGUCUAUAUUUAAUUAAAAUGAGUUAAUUAUACGACGAAAAAUAGAACUAAUAAACAAAUCACUUGUAAUCGGUAAAUAUUUUCAAUUUUAAG